CGUCGAGUGAAUGUUUGCGUUACAGGCGAUGUUCUUCACUUGCUGAUACUGAUGACAGUGAAUACGCGGCUGCUCCUCGAAAUAGUUCUCGUUUCCCUUUCGAGAUAGCGCUAGCUUCGCGGGAGAGCCAGCUGUACUCUCUCCCCGAAACCCCCCAGUAUUAAGUAAGGACAGGGUACUUGAUCUUCUGUAGCCCCCCUGGCGCUGCUCAUAACCACUGCGCUGCCCACCCCCGGCAUUGAUCUGCCCUCCCUUCUUACUCUCGUUCAGACUCGUUGCUCUUAAUUGGGAGCUGACAGGUGUUCUCCCACCACUUUCUGGAGCUCUCAUAGUAGCUUCAGCCCACCACCUAGUCGAAACCGCAAUUCCUUGGGACCAUCUGCCGCCAUGGCGAAUCGCACGGCAUCGAACCAGUACCUGAGCGAGAAGCCGCAAUCGCGCCGCUCAGGCAAAUCCCCCUCGCGCUCCCCAGCACGGUCACCAGCACGAUCGCCCGCGCCAAAUGCACGAAAGCAACAGAAGACACAGCAAGUCCUUGGCUACCAGUCCGAGGGCGUGCAGGAUCAUGACAUCUUCAACCUGCCGGGCUCCGACUGGCAGCUUCUGGGUCUCCUGACGGUCGUUGCAAGUGUUGUGCGCCUGUUCAGGAUCGCCCAGCCUAGCAGCGUUGUCUUCGAUGAAGUCCACUUCGGUGGAUUCGCGUCCAAGUAUAUCAAGGGCAAGUUCUUCAUGGACGUUCACCCGCCGCUCGCGAAGAUGCUCAUUGCUCUGACCGGCUGGUUGGGUGGAUUCAACGGCGACUUCGACUUCAAGGACAUUGGCAAGGACUACUUGGAGCCUGGUGUCCCAUACGUGACAAUGCGUCUAUUCCCUGCCAUUUGCGGUGUCUUGACCAUUCCCACUAUGUUCCUGACUCUUAAGGCUGCUGGUUGCCGUACCACCACCGCGGCUCUGGGAGCAGGUCUCGUCAUUUUCGAUAACGCGCUCACCACUCAGUCCCGUCUGAUCCUCCUCGACUCGCCGCUCAUCAUCUUCACUGCGUGGACUGCGCUCGCAUGGACUGCCUUCACAAACCAGCACGAGCAGGGCCCGAAAAAGGCUUUCCAGCCUACAUGGUGGUUCUGGCUGGCACAAACUGGCCUCGGUCUUGGAGCUACAGCUAGCGUGAAGUGGGUUGGUCUCUUCACAAUCGCAUGGGUUGGCAGCUUGACGCUUGUUCAGCUCUGGGUCUUGCUUGGAGACACAAGGACCACCACUCCUCGUCUCUGGUUCAAGCACUUCUUCGCCCGCCUGUUCUGUCUGGUUGUUAUUCCGAUCUCCUUCUACAUGGCUAUGUUCGCGAUUCACUUCGUCUGUCUGGUCAACCCUGGUGACGGUGAUGGUUUCAUGUCUUCUGAGUUCCAGGCCACCUUGAACUCCAAGAGCAUGCAGGACGUUCCAGCCGAUGUCGCGUAUGGUAGCCGUGUGUCGCUCCGCCACUGGAACACACAGGGUGGUUACCUCCACUCUCACAGCCACAUGUACCCCACCGGUAGCAAGCAGCAGCAGAUCACUUUGUACCCCCACAAGGAUGAGAACAACAUAUGGAUCAUGGAGAACCAGACUCUGCCAAUAAUGCCAGAGGACUACACUGGCCCUAACCUGACCAGCCCUAAGGCUUGGGACGAUAUUGGCCCCUACAACAUCGAGGAUGGCGGUGUCAUCAGACUCUACCACAUCACCACUGAUCGCCGCCUGCACUCUCACGAUGUCCGCGCUCCCGUCACUGAGGCCGACUGGCAGCAGGAGGUCUCUGCUUACGGCUACGAGGGCUUCGAGGGCGACGCCAACGACUUGUUCCGUGUUGAGAUCGUUAAGAAGCAGUCUGAAGGAGCCGAGGCCAAGAAGCGCGUCCGCACCAUUCAAACUAAGUUCAGGCUUGUUCACAUCAUGACCGGCUGUGUUCUUUUCUCGCACAAGGUCAAGCUUCCCGAUUGGGGCUUCGAGCAGCAGGAGGUGACAUGCGCGAAGGGUGGUACUUUGCCGAACAGCAUCUGGUACAUUGAGGGCAACGUUCAUCCCAAGAUGAACGAGACUGCUGAGCGCGUCAACUACCGCAAUCCGGGUUUCUUCGGCAAGUUCUGGGAGCUGCAGAAGGUCAUGUGGAGGACCAACGCUGGCCUCACUGAGUCCCACGCCUGGGACUCUCGCCCGCCAUCUUGGCCUACUCUCCAGCGUGGAAUCAAUUUCUGGGGCAAGAACAGCCGUCAGAUUUAUUUGUUGGGAAAUCCUUUCACGUGGUGGACAUCCUCAGCUCUGAUUGCCCUCUACGUCGCCAUCAAGGGCCUCGCUGUUCUUCGAUGGCAGCGUGGCUUCCGGGACUACAACAAUGUCACCUUCAAGCGCUUCGACUAUGAAGUCGGCAUGUCCAUUCUUGGAUGGGCGUUCCACUACUUCCCGUUCUACCUUAUGGCACGUCAGCUAUUCCUGCACCACUACCUUCCAGCGCUCUACUUUGCCAUCAUGGCUUUCUGCCAGAUCUACGACUUUGUAAGCUACCGCUUCGACAUCUUCCGCAUCAAGAGGACUCCUGCUAUUGGUCAGGCGGCAGCUGUUGGUAUCCUCGCCAUUGCUAUCACUGUCUUCACCAUCUAUGCUCCUCUCGUAUAUGGUAAUGCAUGGACCAAGAGUCAGUGCAACAAGGUCAAGCUCUUCGACACUUGGGACUGGGAUUGCAACAAUUUCUUGGACACGUACGAAGCCUACAACGGUCAGAGUACGGCUGUGCCCUCCAUCUCAGCUAUCCCGUCAUCCGUAGCACCUCCGCCACCUGCGCCUCCCGCCGCUGUGCCCGAUGAGCAACAGCCGCCAGUUCAGCAGGAGAACAAGGCUGAGGGUGAGGCGGUAGUGUCCCCACCACCUGAGGGCGCCCCAGCUGUCCCGUCUGACCUCCCCGUCGUCUCCAAGGAGGAGCGCGUUGAAUACCGUGACGAGAACGGCCGUAUCCUGAACGAGGACGAGGUCAAGGCUCUCGCAGAUAAGGUCAGCUUCAAGACCCGCUACGAGACACGGACACGUAUUGUCGACGCUCAAGGCAACGAGAUCUACGAGGGUCUCGUUGAAGCCCACGAGCCCGCUGAAGAGCACGGUGUUGCGCCCCCUCACCCCGACGUCGAGGGCCGCAACCCCGAGACUAAGGAAGCCAGUGAGGCCGCCGAGGCCAGCAAUGUUCCUCCCACUGUUGAGGCCGUCGAGGACCAGAAGAAUGAGAAGAGCAUUGAGCGCGAGGCAAACGAGGCUAAGCCUGCUAGUGAGCAGCAGGCUGCUACACAGGAGACGGAGUAGCGUUUCGUAUGUCACAUGUUUCCGGAAACGAUGAUAGGAUUACGGCAUACUACCUGUAGAUGUACAUUUGUUUAUGUGCGUCUGGUAGUGCCGUCUCUCUUUUGUAUCUUGUAUGAUAUAUUAGCGUUGGCGUGGGCCAUGGGCGCGUGGUUUGGGUCUGGAUGGGAUGGACACAUACAUUCAUCACUAGUCUUUCAAUACCAACUGUAAAAGCCACAUCUCGUCUAGCAUGCCAGAUUGAAGUAUUCACGAACAAGAUAACAUUGUG